AUGUAUUUGAUUUCUGGAAAUAAACUGGGUCAGAAGUUGGUAUACAAUGUUAGCUACUUGACAAAAUGUGUUUCAAUUUUCAAUUUGUUAUCCCGCCACUCUUUGUGGAUGCAAAGCAUGACACUAACUUGCAGCUGGGGUGUUUCGGUACUCUACCCAACAUUUGCUUCGUACAAAGCAUUCGACAACUACUCAAAACUUUCAUCCAGUUUAUCUGCCACCACUGUUAAUGUUGGUGGCGUUUCUGUUUCUUUUGGAACAUUAUUACGGAGAGCCAACAGCAAAGAGGACUCAAAGGAGGAAGAUGAAUUAACGUCCCAUCUUAUGCGUCUUCAAAUGUGGCUAAUUUACUGGAUGGUGAAUGGAUGUUUUGGUGCUGCCGAAGCUUGCCUCUGUUUAAAAUAUGUGCCUUUGUAUUCGAUGCUAAGAUUGGCCUUUAGCAUAUGGUUAAUUAGCCCCAUCGUACUAUCUGCGGCGCGCCUCGGGGGAUCAGGGGUUGUUCUGAAGGCAGAUAUACAAAACAGAUGGAUCGAUUUUUCUUCCCUGGGAUGUGGCUUAAUAUUUUUUCGCUUUGUGAAACCGUUUAUGGAUGAACACUUGAGUAAAUUUGAGCGUAUCGGCUUCGACAAUGUUUUGGGUGGUGCUUUCAAUCUUAUUUCUGCUCCAUUUUCUGGAACCGGUUUGGGUUCAGCCAAGUCUUCGACUGACAAUCCUUCAGACCCCACUGUCAUUUCCUUGAUGCACACAAUGGCUUCUUAUCCUUGGUCUUUUCUUUCUCAUCUGGGAACUACAAAUAUCAACUCGACAACAGAGAACGUUUCUGGUCCCGCUGCUGAUCUUGACGACUACGACGUAGUAGAUCCACCAAUAUCGGCAAUCGACGAUGGAAUCAACGAAUUGAAUCACAGAAACACCAAGGGAAAUCCUACUCCCCGUCGCUGGCUCUGGUAG